AUGAUUCUAUUCCCCCGGGGGACGCGCGCGUCGCAACCUCCUGAUGGAGCGUCGUCCGAUGGACUUCCAUCGUCGGGCUGAUAUUGCGCCACGUCACCCACGCGCGGACAGGGCGUUACUCCUAUCCCGCAUUUGCUGCAUCCCACCCACCACCUGGUCGAGACGGCGUGGGGGCUCGUGGGUUUCGUGGUGGAGAGGUUGGCGACGGCGGAGCGAAUCCGCGCGCCGCCGACGGUUCCUGCCACCGGAGAAGACGACGCGCUCCUCCGCUUCCUCCGGUGUUCUUCAAGGGAAUCUUCGCCGGCAUUCGAUUCGAGUCGUUCCGAGGAAUUUCUGCCUGUGCAAUCAUGGCUGAAGAUGGGAUUGGUCAUUGGGUUUCCAAGGAUCGUUUUGCUGCAAAGCGUCUGCAUGCUCUUGCUGCAGAGCUCGAUGAUCCGAAGAGACGUAUUAUUGAAGAGCAGAGUGCAUUUAGAGCAUUGUUGAAUGUAUCUCCAUUCAACAUUCCUAAUGCUCUAAUAGACUUUGUUGCCUCUCAUACUAGCCCUGGUUUGCGGGAGUUCAAGUUCCACAAGAAGAGGAUAGUUUUCACAAAAGAUAUGGUGAGGAAAGUUUUUGGAAUUCGAUGCGGCGACAGACUUGUUGUUCAGAAGAAAGGUGAGCAUCCUCAGCUGCGGCAGAUAUACAUAGAAGAAGGACAAUCAAGGCCUUUCAUCCAGCAUGCCGUUAAAUUGCUCAAGGCUUGUGAUGUUACGGAUGACCUCACCAUUAUCAGAACAUGGGAUCUUAUAUGUUUGGCUACGGUUAUUGCCCCUGGUAGCGCAAAUCUGAUUAGCCUUGACUAUUUGGACUGUAUGUUGGACCCUCGGAGGACUCACGAGUUUGCAUGGGAUGAACACUUGCUUGAGUUAGCAAUGCAGGAGGUUACAAAAAUCAAUAGCAAGACAGCAGAGGUAGUGGUACCAGGAAAUGCUAAGAAAAAUGAGUUUUGGAUCACUGGACCGUUCGCCCUUCUAGCUGUUGUCUACAUGGAUCACCUUGAUUUUCCACCAAAUCAACAUGUCAUUAACUACUCAAUUCCUAGAGUAUGUUUUGUGACCAGUAGUGAUUUCAAGUUUGUUGUCCAAAAUGAUGCUUGA